AUGGCGGCUACCGCACCAACAGGUGCAUCACAUGAAGUCCUUCAUACAACUCACAAGAAAGCAAACUUCCAGCGGAUUGCGAGACUAUUAGUGGCUGGAGGCACAGCCCUAAUGCGAGAAAUAUUUGAUCAGUAUUUCAACACACCGCUUCAGUUUCAUCUCAAGCUAAACGUUCCUUUCGUUAAGAACAAGAUUAAGAGGGCAAAACUUACCAAGCCACAAAUGGACUGCCUUUAUCCAAAAACUGGAACAUGUAAUAAAAAUUCGAAAGACUUCGACAUCAGCCUCCUUCACAAACUAUUUAAAACAAUUUGUAACCUUAAUCCAUCAGCAUCUGGGUGGGAUGCCUUUCCACCACCAACAGACCACUCUAAAGCUGCCGAUUUGACAAGAAUUAAACAAUACCGCAACAAAAUUUUCCAUGACUACUCUGACAUGGAAAUGGAUGACACCGAGUUUAAUUCGCUAUGGAACGACAUUCGGGAGGCCCUUUUGAGAGUAGCACGCUCGAUUAGUCCUUCAACUAGAAGUGCAUGGGAAAGAGCGAUUGAAAAAUUAUAUACAGCUCCGCUAACGCCUGAGGAUGAGAGUAAAGUUAGAGAGUUGAAAAAAAUGUACGAAAAUGAAGUAAGAAGCAAAGAGGAAAUAAAGAAUAUUGAAAAGGCUCUUCAAGUGGGACUUGAUAGUGUACACCAGGCCAUUAAAAGGACUGGUGAUGAUGUUCACCAGGCGAUGCAAAAAGGUUUCAGCGGUUUACAUCACGCCAUCAAAGAGACCAUGAUGAAAAACGUUCAUGCCAUCGUCGAAAAGGAGAAUGAUUCAGGGACAUCACCGCAGUUAACAGAGAGCGCUCUCGUCGGAAGGGCGCAAAAUGGUAACUUCCCAGCUAAGGGAUGGGCACCUGCACUAAACAAGCCAUCUACAUUAGGCACUGAUCCACAUUUACCCGAAGCAGGACUAUCGACUCCACCAGAAAGAAUGUUAACGGCGACAUUAACCCCAAGUGAGUUCAUAAAGGCCAAUUGUCCUUAAAACACAUGUAUUACUGUAUUACACGUUUGAUUUUCGAAUUCUUAAAUUAACUAAGUCGAUACAGGGUACCCCUCUUGCAAAAAUUUUUCCCGAUUACCAUCAAAUAAUUCAUUUAUGUAACAUUUUCUGUGUUAAGAUUCCCGAGAAAUUGCAAAAUUCAAGCAAUUUCUGCUCAAAGAAGUCAAAGAUGCACCAUCCAUUUUACGGUUAAAUUUAGACUGGCUAGAGGGUUUUUCCUGCACAAUUGAUAGCAGGAACUUCAGAUUUUGUAAUUUUGGCAGUUGGCGCUUUUCUUGGUAAUCUUUAAGAUCCGCUCCACAUGUAUAGAUCCCUGAAACACACGAAUAUUUUAUAAAGCACGAAUAUUUUACAAAACUACUCCUGAAAGACCAGGAGUAAGAAUAUGACAUGGAUUACCUUAUGAAUAUCGCCGGGGAUCCAGAUUUUUGGUUUUAUUUACCCUCCCUUGUUCAUAUUAACUUGCAUUUUACUUUACACGCCCCAAAUUAAAACAUUAUAAGAAUACAAAGUAAAAAGAUGGUGCUUCUUAGAGAAGGUUUCACAAUCAUAACCUAUUGAUAAAAAUAAUAUAUAUGUCUAGUAUCAUUCUCUAUUUUCUUUUUCAUCUUAAAGUUACUGGUUCAGGAUCACGACAGUUACAAGAAGUAGACAAAGUACGGGACUUAGGAGAGCUUUGCAAGAUUGCAGCUGCUGUUGGUGUGAAAACAGAAAAUCUCGAAACAAUAAAAGAAAUACAGGAAAAACUUCAUGAACACAUCGAAGAAAAACGUCAGGAAUCGAGGAAGGCAAGUUUAGUCGAGUGAUAUGUGGGACUGUCCAUGUAUGAUGACCUUCCAUCACAAAAUGACGGUAUUAAAUAAAGAUAAAAUAGGACGUCUCAUCUUCUUUGUUUCAAACCUUCGCGUUGUAUCUUAACGACAAAACAGUCAUUAUGUAUCAAAGACAUUUAAGGUGUAACAAGGAAUUGACAGCUACGAGAACAGAGUGUUCGACGCUGGCUUUUUCCCAUUGUUUUCUUCUUUCCACACGUAUUUCCUACAUGUAUCUAUUGCCAGUCUAUGUUUAACAAUUGGUUCAUACGUCACCGUGCGUUCAUGGCAUAUGAAGCACGCGGGAAGUUUGGAGAGUACGAAGCUUCUACCUUCUUGAGUGCUCUCCAAACUUCCCAAGUGCUUCAUAUCUCGAUGAACGCACAGCUGACGUAUGGACCAAUUGUUUUAUAACAUUUUCAACCCGAUGGAAAAUUUUUUCUCUCAAAGGAUUUGUUUGCCUAAGUCAUGAGCGUGCACAAUAGUAAUAUGAAGCACGCUCGUGCAAUUGAAUUUGAUUAGACAAAUUUACUAGCUAUGCCAUAAUCAUAUAUGAUUUAUAAAGAGAAGACUUACGAAUGCAUGAAGCUAUUUUCUCGGUUGCAUUUUAAAGUAAACUUUACCAAAUUUAAGCAUUUUUUAUCGUCAAUAUUAUUUAUAAUUUAUUUUCUCAUUUAUUAUACUUAUAUUCUACUUAGGAGAAGGCGUGGGAAUUAAGUUGUUUUGUAGUUGGAAUUUAAUCUAAAUACUUAUUAUUAUCAAUAUCAUUAAUAUUUGUUUAUUAAUUUAUCACAAUUAGGAUCUAGAUUAAAAGAAAAAAUGUAAAACGUAUGGAAAUAUACCUUAAAAUGUGUUAUUUUGUUGUCUUUUACAUCGAGACGUUUUGAUUUCAAUUUUUCCUUUUAGACGUUUGAAGUGAUCUCCGAAGCUGGUAAAGCCGAUGAACACAAACGAAGUGAGCUUCUACGUCUUUACAUUGAAACGAGAGAAAUACUAAACCAGCUCGAUGAUGAAUUCAUAAAUCCUCUUGAAACAAGUUUGGGAGAUAUCAAAACGGCUCUAGAAGAAAACAUCAGAAGUCUUGCGCCAAGGGAUCAGUAUGUGGUGCUUGUUGCAGGUAGGAAUUUAGAGGACUGAGGGAUUUCAUGGAUAUAUUUGUAUAGGCAAAUAUUAGAAUUACAAGUCUUUUCUCUAAGCAUUUCAUGUUUCCACGGAAUUUUUAAUCUUCAGGUGAGACUAGUGCUGGCAAGAGUAGUGUUAUCAACCUAAUACUUGGCGAAGAGAUUUUACCAAGUGCCGUUUUGGGUACAACAUCGACAAUGUUCGAGCUCAAGUAUGAUAAAACCCCCAUGGUUGUCAUACAUUUUAACGAUUCUCGUGAAACUAUGUAUUACAAAUUAGUUGGUCCUAAAGAGUCCUUCCAGGAGCAGAUAAAUAGUCUUGUGAGUGAAAAGAAUGAACGUGGGAGAGUAUCUCCUUACAAGAAGAUCGAGCUGUUUUUGCCGCAUCCGUUGUUCCAGGUUUGUUAUUUUUGAGUACGCCCUAAAUUUGCAAAUCUUAUUUUCUUCUCUCUGAAUUUUUGUGAUUCAUGGUCAAUCAAUAUGACAGCUUCUUCUUUUUGAUCAGUGUUGGAGAGAAGGUGACAGGGUUGAUUCUUUUUCUUUAAAAUCUAUUGCAUUAUUUUAUUUGCAAAGUUACCUUCGAAUAAAUUUGUCUCUCGAACAAGUUAUUUCUAAAAUCAUACCUGGCAAAAAUCAACCGCUUAUCCGUCUCUAGAACGAAGUAAGAGGAACCAAUUGAGAGGAUAUCUACCACACCUUUUGGUUCCAUCCUUCCAACGCAAGAUAUUUCCAAUGCAAAAAAAACAUAUUUCCGUAUUGGAAACAACUGUACCCGAGGCCUUGGAUACCGCCUGAGCCGUAGGCUGAGAUGGGUGCUUGAGACAGAGGGCGCAUUUUUUCCCAAUGCGGACCGACUUGGGAUGGUGAAUGUAGUUUCAAUUUUUUUUUCUUCAACUUAACAAAAGAUUAUAAAAAAAGAACCCGUCUUAUUGAGGGCUGUAAUUACGGCACCUUCGUCCUCGUCUGUUUGUUCAGUUGUUUGCGUAAAUGGCGUGUGUAAAUCUUGUAUUUCUUCAGACGAAAAAAUGUAGUCAAAUGAAGGACCUUUUUGCUCAUCAAUUUCCUUCGGUUUCCAUGGUGCAACUUUAAGUAGAAAAGACCAAAUUCAAGAGAAAUGCAAAGACGUAGUGAAAGUGUAUAUGUGUGGCAGAAUUCAAAACUAUACUCAGCGUUUUACAACGAACAUAAUUUUCUUUAUCAUGAGGUAUGUUUUCCUCUUCAGGGUGAAAAAAUGCGCUUUUGUUUUCAACUGAAAACUUUUUCUGUCUGAGUCCACAAUUGUGUGUCACUUGUUACAAUAUGUAUAUCUUUUAGCCUCUCGUGAAAAGGCUGAAAAGUGCAAAUUGCAAAACUUGGAGUAUCCCGUACCCGAUGUCCAGAUGAGAAAAUCCAGACCGCUGAAGUGUGCGGAAUUAGCCAAUCAAAAAAUUAAACUUACUUUAUCUUCUACCACCCAGUUGUCUGUGCCAUGUCUCUCAAAAUGAGGAAAUUUCUCGUACCAUCCUUGCUACUAUACAUCUUACUAUACUUACACUCUCCAGGCCCUUUACUUAAACGAAACUAUAGCAUGAAUAAAAAGAAUAUGUUAAUUGAUGCAUGGAAAUGGAUACCGCGAUGUGCUGUAUCUAGGAGUGAUUUUUAAUUAAUUAAGACGGCUUUACCUGUGUUUAUUAGGAGCGUGUCAUCAUUGUUGAUAGCCCUGGAGUGGGAGAUAAUAAUGCCAUGAAUGAAGCUGUCCUUAACUACCUUCCGAAUGCCUUCUGCUUUAUUUAUGUCAUCAACAGCACCAAUGCUGGAGGAGUUCAGGAAGACAGAGUAAGUGGCUAUUUUAAAGAUCAUUUAAUGCAGCUCUUUAAUCUUCCUUGGUUACUGUAACCAAAUGAUUAGUAUCAGUUCCAGUUCGAAUGACAUAUACAAAGAAAAGAGUAAUAUACCACAGUUUUCCAAUGAAACAGUUUGUUGACUGAGAUUAGGGUCCAGUCAUUAAUUUUUUCUUGGGGGAGAGGGGUAUCGGAGAAUUUUGGAGGCAUCGGAGGGUUUUAAGGGGGAACGGAGGGGUAACCAGUCGUCGCUAAAAGAGUAUAAAGGCGAGACUACUGAAAAUUGCAACCAAUGAUGGUGGAACAUCAGAUCCAUAGACCACAAGAGGGGGAUCAGGUUAAUUUUAUUGUGACACUAAUAAAAUCCUCCUCCCCCUCCCCUUACAUGACCCGUCUCUAGGUGCUGUUUUUGCAAAUCGCUUUUCUCUUUGGUAGAGUACAUUUAUGCUGAUAAGAAUUAGAUUACGUAGGUAAUCGUAAAACAAAAAGGGAUGAAUGCUACCCCCUUUUUUUACAUUUUAUGAGAAGAUUUUAUCUAGGCAAAUGUCCACUUCAGUAGCCGUUCGUUUAUGUUGGAGAAAUAUUUGCAGUGAACAUGGGAUGGCGUCACUGGUCCCCCAGCAGCGUCAUUUGCAUAUGUAUCCCACAAUACAACAUCGGUUUUGUAGACGAAUUAACAGGCUAUCUUUUUAAAAUAUGAACUUUUUUCAAAAUAUCGCGAUGUAACGAGAAACGAAAACGCUGGAGGGGGGGGGAGGGGAUUCCAAAUACCUCCCUUUGUAUCACGGUGGGGUAUGAGCUUACAUGCACGUCAGAGGGUUCAUAAAAUCAGUUAAGGAGCAAGUCUUCUCCCUUCGAUUUAUGCUUAAACUUAAGUCAAUAGAUCACGCCCGUAAGUCCCUACAAUUUAAAUUAAAAAGGUAUUUAAGGCUACGAAGACUGACUUACAUUUCUCCUCCUUAAUCAAUCCUGAUUAUAUUCUAUAACUUGAAAGGCAUCUGCUUGUCUAUUUUUUUUUCUUGAAUAGCUGGGAAAGUUACUAUCCAAUGCUGCAAGCUGCAAGAGAGAAGCGAGGAUGGACUUAAAGCUGUUUGCUGGUUGUGCCUUGUUCGUUUGCAACAAAUGGGACGAGAUAAAACCCCAUGAAGUAGAGGAGGUGAAAUUGGAACAAAUCAAAAGGCUCACCAAAAAGUUGGGCGGACUCGACCCGCACUUACAAGUUGUUUACCUGUCGUGCAAAGAUGCUCAAUUGGCACAGGAAUACGGUGUUAUAAGAAGCGACUUUGAUGACCUGAUCAGAGGGAUAAGCAAUUUAUUAGUGUCUUCCAUGCAGAAUAACUUGGACAUCUACACGAGGUAAAUAAAGAAGGCUUAAUUGGAAUUGAGGACAUGCUCUUGAGGGGUAGGUUUUGAAACAAUAGAGGAUACCUCCCAAAAACAAAUCAAUUGCUAGUAUUUCCGUCCCAUAACCUUAGUCAAAAUAAGAUCAACUAUGCUGCACAUGAUCACAGCCUCCACAUAUAUUACGUCGAUUUGAAAAAUAAAUUUUUGCUCUAAGGUGGUUUUGCAGCUUUCGGAUCUGCCUAUUAGUUAGAUAUAGGGAAAGGACUUCUACAAUGCAUAACAAUUCUAAGCAGCACGUGGCAGCCUUUCACUAAACCUAGGAAGUUCAAAAGCCGCAAAACUCCAAAACAAAAACGCAUCUUUCAAAUCAGCACUCUUAGUCCGCUCGAUAUUUACUCAUGCUUUUCAUGAAACUAACUUAUUUUUGUGUUUUUCACUUUACCAAGUUCCCACCAGUAGCGUAGUCCAUCCUACUCGAUAUAAACCACACACAACCAACGAUUCCCCCUCAGUUUUCUCUGAGGGGCAAAGGUUGGAAGCUAUCUACGGUGGCCAAUUAAAUGGUUAGCUCAGUUAAUGAGAUCACAUGCAAUACCAUUCAAAUUUGGUUCGACUCAACCCAUGAAUAUAUGAGAGGAACCAAUUCAAUUUCCUUGUCAUGCACACUGCAAUAACAAGCGCGCCGUGUUAAAUUUUCCCAAAAGAGUUCUUGAAGGAAACUCACGCACUACGAUUGGAAAGAAAUCAUACAGGCCUCCUAUCGCUCACAGCAAAUUCGAAACGAUUGUUACUUUUCAUUGAAUAUUUAAUUUUUUUCUUUUGACAACUUGUCUUUUCGGAUUACAGAUGGCUCGAUGAUCUUCUAUCUCGUGUCUCUCGUCAAGUUACGCUAUCAAUUAGAUCAACAACUUUGUCACGGCUGGAAAAAGAUCGGAAAAUGAGGGAGAUCAAGAAACGAAUGGAAGAAUUAAAAAGAUCCCAAAAUGAAACCAUAAAAGAACUCGGUAAAUACCAAACGCAAUUAAUCUGGGAGAUUACGGGAAGGUUGGCUUUUUACUUUAAAGCGACGGGCACAUCAACCCGAUUUUGCGAGUGGUCUCCUGCCGAGGUCCCAGAUUCAGAAGCAACAUGGGCAGAAACGGAUGAUGAAAUCUUAAGGAGCAUCUCGAAACGGAUUCAUCAGUUCGUUCAAGAGUGGGAGGAUGAAGAGCACGAGUUCGCUAAAGCCCAAGACACAGUUAUUAAAAAUCUUUGUGAGAAGUAUAACAUCAUGGAGGAAGAGAUCCGCAGAGUAGAAGACGAAGUUCUCUUUGAAAACGGAACGGCGGAGGUAUUCCAGCAAGAAAAACGCACUGCUAGCCCCCUAAGCAUCCCUGAAGAGGGAUUUCAAAACGGUCCCAUUGCGAGUAAAACUCCUGUGUGGCUCCGGCAAGGAUUAGCAUCUGUUGUAAUUCGCUCUCCGUUGAGUAAACUUGUGUCAAAAUUGAAGGAGAGGCUGGAUUUCUCCAGAAAGCUUAGUAAGUACCAGACCGACCCAUGCACCCACAUGUCUGAGAGAUGUACAGCUUCUCUUGAAAUUCUCACGGACCAAGACCGUCUCCUUCCGUUUAUAACAGAACAACUUGAAGAUUCGGUGCAGGUUUUAAAUCAGAUAAAAGAGAAAAUUCCUAAAUUAAUAGAAGGUGACGAGCAACUGUACCAACAGCUUCUGUCGGACACGAGAAGUAAGGCUGACAUCCAGAAUUUCUAUGAGCCUAUAGGUGAGAAACUAGAGUCACUGAAGGGAGAAGUGAUCGUCUAUGCUUUGAAAGAAAUAAGGCGAUCCGACUUUUCUGACGGAGAUUUGAAAUGGACAGAAGAUGACAGGUCCAUCGUCGGUAGAGGUAGCUUGUCCAAAGUUUACUCUGGUGUACUUUCCCGUAAGGAAGAAAAGGAAAUAAGGGUCGCUUUGAGAGUUCACACAGAUGUUCUUUCAAAGGAAAACGUGGGGCAAUUUUGGAAUGAAGAUAUGACUAUGAGGUUUGUCAGAGUAAAGCACUUCCAUGAUGUAUGCGUUGAAUAAGCCUCUUAUAUUAAAUCCUCUUUUUUGCCUUAACUCAAACUUGUGUUACUGGGACCAACUAGUCUUAAACGAAAUCGAAAAGAUUGUUGUUUUUGAGGCCACAUCCUCCCAUCCCAUUUAAUCUUGAAGGCAACAGAACAGGUAAUGCUCAAAAUUCUCGCAGCAGCGUUAAUAUUCUUCCUUCAACACUCUGAAUACUACUGAGCCGUUCGUUUAAGCAGUUUGUUCUUUUUUGAAAUUACUCAUUAAGUUGUAGCAUAGAAAAAUUAAUCAAUUUCUCUGAUAUUCGCUACUGGUGACCACACCCCCUCACCAAAAGGAGCUGCAAUAAUAAAUAAAAUGAGUUAUUGUAUAUCUCUUCUUUCUGAUUCAGGGAGAUACGCGGACAUCCAAGUAUUGUGGAGUUUUAUGGGACACAUCUUCUCAGAGGACCAGAGGGUACCAAAGUUGUGAUGGUAUCGGAGCUCUGUAAGGAUUCCAUCGAGAAAUACAUUUUGUCUAAUCGUGACCAGGCCCCUUUCCGUACGAGGAAUAAAGUGUUACAUUGGGCUGUGCAAAUCGUUGACGCUUUGUGCUUUAUCCAUAGUAAAGAACUUUCCCAUCAGAAUUUGAAAUUGAAAAAUGUGCUGGUAAGCAAGUAUUUCUCAUUAGCAUCUUAUCUUAACUAACUCUUAUGUAAUGUGAAUGCGAAGUUCGCCCCUGCUAAGUUGCGGUUGAACUGCAUAAGAUAGGAAUAUCACCAAUAUAUUGGCGAGAUAGUAAAGAGGGUAUUGCUAUUAUUGCUAAUGUUGCAGCAGUAAAAAGUCGUAAACUCUUACUUUAAAGAAUCCUUGCGUGUCUCGCAUCGAGUAGGAAAGCCUCUUCUUGACUGGAAUCAGCGGAAUUCCCUCGUAAUCGAAUGCCAUGCAAAUGGAUUACGAACCCUUUUGAGCAUGAAGAAAGCAAAAUCUACUGUGGUCUACCUGACAGUUCUCCUUUGUCGAAAUUUAAAUCAGCAAUCAUCCAGCUUGCGCACGACAACUUUACAAGUACACCAGUGCUAAAAUCGCACAAACAAUUCCAAUUAUAGCCACAACCAAUAAUUUAAAGAUAGAAAAACCUUACUCAUUACAUCUAAUAUUUCAGCUUACCCAAGACGAAAACGUGAAGCUCAAAGGCAUCGGCAGCGGUUCAUUUAGAGUGAAUAAAGAUAUCAUGGAAGAUAACACCCGUUAUCUAGCACCUGAAGUGUUGGAAAGUAAGUGUCGAAACUACGACAGUAAGUCUGAUAUGUUUAGCUUCAGUAUUUUGCUUUGGGAAUUGUGGUUCUGUGAGAAAGCUUUUCAAAGCUCGAUCACCAGUCAUUCACAGCACUUACAAAGACUAAAGAGGGGACUCCGCCCAACACAUUUAGAGAGUAAAGACCGUCCAUGGCAAGUUUGGACAAAAGUCAUGGAAACAUGCUGGGAAGGUGAACCAAGUGCCCGAUUAACUGCUGAGGAAAGCAGGAACAGAUUACGUAGGUUGGAGUCUGCUUAGAGGAAAACACAACCAGUGCGAACGACACCACCACCGAAACCAUCUUGAAAGUAAAAACAAAGCUAGCACUAUAAUCAUCUUGAGACUCAUCCGUUGCUGUUUUAGUUGGGGCUUGCCGUCUAUAACGAUGAGAAGAAUAAACAGCACGUGUUUAUAUUAAUGUUUUCUAUAAAAACGAUGAUAUUGAUAAUAGUAAGAAGAAGACAACACGAGGGCCAAGAGCAGUCUUAAAACCUGCUUGAGCAGUCAAUUAUCGCUAAGCAUAUGUUCUGCAUUUUUGUCCUCUUUGGAGUCAAAUUUUCAGAGGCAGGAAUGAUAAAGCUUAACAAUAUGGUAGGUCGCAAAGCGCGAGUUCAUAUGGUAAGAAAUCUUUGUUGCGGUCGAAAGACCGAAGUUAGUCGUAUGAGGACUUAAAGUUACAGCAACAGGAGAAUUUCACGUUUGGUUUACUACGCCGUGUGGUGUCCCCAAAUGCCAAGGCGUGCUUGUCAUUUUUUCAUGCCCAAAGUUCCUUCGGGCAUAGGCAUGGUAGGUAGCAUAGUGCAGGUUCAUAUGGUGAGAAAUCUUUGUAGCGGUCGAAAGACCGAAGUAAGUUGCAUGAAGACCUAACAGUUACAGCAACAGGAGAAUUUCAAGUUCGUGCCCAAUUUUCUUUAGGAAAACAAAGGAAAAUUCAUUCCAUAAACUCGUUUAUCAUAGAAUUAGUCUACUGCAAAUCAGUUUGGUUUACUACGCCGUGUGGUGUCCCCAAAUGCCAAGGCGUGCUUGUCAUUUUUCCAUGCCCAAAGUUCGUUAGGUUUCGCUCAAUGGAAGUUUCAUUGUCCGGUUCCUUUACGCAACAAAAUUUGUGUUCCUCGUUAUCUAACACUCGAAAUUCGGAAGGAACAAGAUAAGCUGUUAGAUAGGCAAUAUACUACCUAGUAAAGCCGAUAAUGGACGGUUUCAGAGCUCUGCUGAACCAAAAUCUAGAAAAAUUAGAAUAUAAAAAGUGUGUCGUAGUUUUAGACCGUCUCUUGAGGUGAAAUAAAAUCGGUGAAAGUUAUUGCUAAUUAGUAUGCGAUGCUGCCGCCGUCACAUUGAAAUAUGGCCACCGAUUGCCGACAGCUUGAAUAAAAAUAUGGUUCUGAUCAGUUUCUUAUUCCUUAUCAAAACAAGAAACCGUAUAGGAAAAAAUGCCCGUGAUACUAACUGGUAGUCUUAGUUUAUGUAGCUUAAAUUUUAAAAGUUGAAUAGCAAAAUCAAAUCAAACGUCGGAUCUCUGCUUUUUUUUGAAAGACGUAAUAUUUUAAGUUACGCAGAGAAAAAGUAUUAAUGAAAGACGAGGAUAAUUUGUAACAACUCCUCAUCCUAGGGAUGUUGUAUACAUCAAAAUGUGUAGCUAAAUGCAGACAUAAUUUAAUUCAUUACUCAGUCACCUUACUAGUACUCCACAUACAUUCACUUAGCUCUUAGAAAGUAUGUCAUUAUUCCCAGUAUGGAAAACAAAUGAGUUAUAUUCUAUAAAUUUUAGAGCGAGGUUUAAGAGGUUAGGUUAAAUAGCUCAAUCAGCUCAGUGAGCGUAAUUGUGCCUCGACUUGAUAUGAAAAGAUAUUUUGAGUAAUAAAUAUACAGCGAGU